ACGCGUUACGUUGCAUGGCCUAAGAUGGGUCAGGGAUCGUGAAAAAGUGGCCUGACCCAACAAGUUCGCGAGUGUUUACAUCGUUGUAACCUAUUGUGUCGAAUAUAGUGUAUAGGUCGCGGACUAAAUAUACGGUGUAAACUAAGAAGUCAUUAUUGAAAAUCAUGGACGACAUCAUUCAGGCAAUCGUGGCGCAGGCUACAGAUCCGAAAGUGGCUUUUAUGGCCGCAGCUGUCUUCGGUUAUUGUUUAUAUAAAUUAAUGACCGUGCCAAACAGAAAAAAUUCUCAAGCAAUUGUGGAGGAUUCCGAUGAAACGGAUGACGACGAUGUGGUGUACACAGACAAACGAGAUAAUUACAAAUUGAUUCUGGUCAUCAGAACAGAUUUGAAAAUGGGUAAAGGAAAAGUAGCAGCUCAGUGUUCGCAUGCUGCUGUUGCAGCAUACAAGGCUGCCAGAAAACACCCAAAAAUUCUAAGAGCAUGGGAGGAGUCUGGGCAAGCCAAGAUCACUCUUAAGGUGGACAGCGAGGCUGCCCUUCAAGAAAUAGCGAAGGAAGCUAAAACUACAGGUCUGUUAUCGAACAUUGUACAGGAUGCAGGACACACACAAAUAGCAGCAGGAAGUAAAACUGUAUGCGCGGUCGGACCGGGUCCAACAAAAUUGAUAGAUCAAGUUACAGGUCAUUUAAAAUUAUUUUAACUACUUAACAAAUAAAAAUCAAGAGCUUUUUGAUACAUA